AUGGAACAAACGGAACAAUACCACCACUACAUUCCGAGAUUCCUUCUACGUAACUUUGCUAUUGACAAUUAUGAGAGGAUAUUUGAGAGCAACAUAAACCAGCAGAAAAAGAAAAGUCAGAGGAAAGCCGAGCUUAUCCAAACUUACGUUAGAGAGGAAGAUCAACUGCGCGUCUCUUUUAUUAGUAAAACCUAUGGAAGAACAAAUAUGUACAAAGAUAUCAAUAAUGAAGACGCGAUGCACGUAGAAGCAAAACUAUCUAAACUCGAAAGAAGUGUAUCAGAGACGAUUCGCAAUAUUGUGAAAACAUCUCAAAUGGAAAAUCAGGUCAUUUUGCUUAGGAAAAAUCUCGAAGAUUUACGCAAGUUCAUCUUCAUUAUGAACUAUCGAAACAGUCAGCGAUAUUUUCAGUAUGCUAACGAUAAAUUUGAUAUCCCCACAAAGUUGAUGGUAACAACUUUUAUGCAGCAGCACAAUUUACAAAGACCUGCAGAAGUAUGGUUACAGAACAUCCGCGAAAUAUUAGACACACCAUAUUCAGAAGUCAAAGAUAACGAGAAAAUCUUUGACCUAGAUAGGGAAGACUUCAAGCAUCGCAUGAUCGAUAGUUUUCUCAUCAUUUGGCAGGCUGGUGAAAAUGACGAGUUUAUAAUAACCAGCAACGGAUUUGGAAUCUUCGAAGGAGUAAAUGGGAUGGUUUUUGGGAAAUUCCCAUUUCAAUAUGCUUACCAUUCGUUUUACGUCAUUUCUCCAAAAUUGGUGUUGGUCCUCUGCCCUUCUGGAUUUCGAAAAGAAGUUGGAACAGACCAUUUAUAUAACCAUUUUGGUCAUCGCUCGAUUUUUGACAACGUUCCUCAUCCAUCAGCAACUCCGAAAUAUGUUGGCACUGGCAAUAAACCAUAUAAUGAACAUAACCGACCGAAAUACAACGGAUCUGACCUAUUUGAAUUGCGAGCCCACUUAUUUAAAAUGAACCUAAAUAGCAUGGGUAUCGAAAUGCAGCCGAACGACACAUUUACCUUUCCCUUUGUCAAAAUCAAUUCGGCCACCGUUCACCUCAUAAACUCUGUCUUGCUCAAUGAGGUUAAUUCCGACUUAGUUUUGACUUUCCUUUCUUGUUCGUACCUCUAUAAAACAAUUGUCAAAUACCAUAAAAACAAGAUUGUUGGUGUACAACAUGACUUUUCGAAUUUGAAAAAGAAGUUGUUCACGGAAUUGAACAGAACUCACAAGGAUGACUUGCAUCUUCGGAAAAACAUUGCGGUCGACUGGAUAUAUAGUUGGAAUGUACGAGAGAUGAAUAAGAAUCUUGAUUAA